AAUGGGGAAGGGGAGGAGGUACAGAAUCAGGUAACUGGUUAAGAGCUGGUCUGGCAUAAAACCAGCACCACAGAGCGGUUCUUCUCUGUAGGAGGCAGUACAAACUUUCACACAGCUGCAUAUCUUAUAAAGGAAUUUGCUCUCACCUCAGCACAACGCAGAGCCAUUCUUCUGAUGUGAGGAGAAUUCAUCAAAUGUCAAGCAAGCUGCAACUUUAGACAAAGGAGAUGGCAUUGCCCAAUACACUGACCCAGUCCUCAGCAGAAGGCAAAGUGCCCAAUGAGAUGCCUGUAGAAAAACCACAUCUCUGCAAAGAAGAAGAAGAAUCCAGCUACCCUAUCCUGAAGACCGAAGGGCAAAGUGAAACUCUGAUAUGUGACAUCAAUGCUAGGAACUUUGCUUGCCCUGAUAAUAGAGAAAGGUACUUGGGGAAUUCCAGUGUUUGUAUCCUUACAGAUAGCAAGGGGGAGCAGCAUUCUGCUUGUUCACAUAACAAUACAGUAUCUGCAUGUUCUCAGAAUAGAACCCAGGCAGCACAGCCUAGUCCCACUGACAUAGAUGAUGAGCACAAAUUCAAUGUUUCCCCAGUGGGUUACAGCAUACUUGGAUGGGAGGAGAGUCUGAUGGACCAUGAUACCAUCAAAUCUGAGGCAUCACAUCAGUCACUAUUACCAGAUACAAACAGUCUCACACCUGUUUCAGUGAACCCUGCCAUCGACAAUUUAGAGGAAAUACAGGCAGUCAAUGCUAACUUCACAGAGAACAGAUAUAUAUGCCUAACAUCCUGCUCCAAAGAGAACAACAGCUCUUUAGAGGACAGGUACCUUGACACAAGUUCUCAAACAGCUCAGUCAGGCCUACAGUACGGUGAGAUAAAGAAUGAUUUUGGUACAGAAAACCUGACAGCACCACAAAUACAUGAAGAAUCUGCAGUUAUACACUCUGAGACUGAGGGCACUUGGCAUGAGCAGACCAAAGGCUGCUGCAAAGACAUAGGUUUUGACAGCAGCAUAAAGAAGACAUGCUACAAAGAAGAUGCAAAUGAGGAAGACAGCAGCCAGCUUUGUUAUUCUUCACCUGUUGCUGCAGGGAAAAUGACAGUAGGUCUCACAGAGGCACAAGCACUGGCAAUGUCAGUUAACGGUACUCCUCUGACAGAGCAGGAAACCAUCAGCUCAGCAACUGUAACUGAGUAUCAGAAAAGCUCCAGUGCAGAGACCUCAGAGGAACAGCAAAGCACCAGUGUGACGACCUCAAGAGAUCAGGAAAGCUCCAGUGCAAAGACCUCUUGGGAGCACGAAAAAACUAGUACAGUGACCUCGAUAGAAAAGGAAAUCACCAAUGCAGCAACUCUUACUAGCAGACAAAUUAGUAAUAAAGCAGCUGUAGAGGAAAUUUGCUUACCAACAGAUAUAAUAACACUGAGCAACAACGUUCCGAAUAAUGAGUCAGACCAGCAGAGGGAGAAAAAGUCAAUCACAGCCAUUCAGCUGGAUGAAUCAGUCCAAGGACCAGCCAAUCAGAGGUCAGUUUCAGUACUUAGGCAGGGUGUAGACAAAGCAGGACAGGAGAAGGAGGGGCUGUCCAUUACUUUAACAGGUGAAGUGAAAGAAAAGAGCUUACCUGUGGGUGAGGCAGAGCAAGACAUAAAGCAGGAACCUGGGAGUGCUGAAAGAGAAGCACAAGAGAAAAUAGGAGAUUACUGCACACUGAGCAAGGCUUCAGAAAGUCUUGAACAGAUUAGUACUGCUUGUUUUAGGCAGCAAGGCUUUGCUGUGAAACAGGGACAUUCUGAUUCCCACACACAGUCACAGAACCACAGUGCCAUGGAGGUUAGUGGCAGUUAUUCUGCUUUUGAUAACCUGAGUGACAGUGGAGUGUCUGAUGAUUCUUCACAAAGCAGUACUUUGGAUGGUCCUGUAGAACUGUAUCGCAAUGAGACCCCAAUUGAACGUGAAAUCAGACUGGCCAUGGAAAGGGAAGAAAAGCUAAGGCAGUCACGUGGUAUCUCAAAUAGUAAGCCCCAUGAGCAGUAUGUGGAAAUCCAGGUGAAACCAAUUUUGCAGCAGUGUGCACCAAAGCUUUCACCCGUCCCGAAGCACAAGGACCGACUUAUUGCAGGCAUGCAGAUGAUGAAGGAGAUAGAGCAAGAAAGCAAGCGAGAGGAAGACCUUGUUCAGUUGGGAAAAGUCAAGAGAAUGUAUGACAAGGGGAAUCCACAGGAGCUGCAGGAGAUCAAGAUGGUUUUUGAACAAGUACAAGAACAGCAGACUGACCAAUUUACUUCAAAGAAUGCAAAUAACAUGAAAGUUAGUGAGGCAGAUCAAACAAACAAGAUUUCCACUACAGGCACAAGGGCUGAUUCCUCUGACAAACCAGAAGCCAAAAAAGGCCCUUCCUUUGCAGAAUUUGGGGACAGCAAUGUGAUUAUCAUUGAGCAUGGGAUCUUGCUGCAUCCGACCAUGACCGUCCCAGCUCCAGCCACCACUUCCACCCCUCCAGCUCAGGUGAACCCAUGGCCCCUGGAUGAACAGAAAGUGACUGUAAUUGAAUCAUCAAGUGUCUUCUCCAAAACCUCUCAGACAGCAUCUCAGCCUUCAGACAUGAUCAGCAGCUCCCAGAGAGCAUCUCAGCCUUCAGACAUGACCAACAGCUCCCUGAGAUCAUCUCAGCCUUCAGACAUGACCGACAGCACUUCAUACUCCACUCAGGAUACUCUUGGUGCAAUCCAAGACAAUCCUUUUUUCAAACUACGUUCAAAGGAUUCACAAUCCAUCCUUGAACAAGAGAUCCGUAAGGUGCAGGAACGGGAAGAGGCACUACAGAGACAGAGAUGUAGUCUGUAUGGAAUUAUGGCAUCCCCUAACCACAGCAGUCUCACCAACGUCAUUAACAGUAUCCAGUGUACAGCACCUCAAGAAGAGAGACCUUUGGGUAAGCUCGACAUAGCCUGGCCCCCUCAACCAUCGUCUGGCAGUCUGCUUAUCACUGAUGGUGCAAAUCAGCCACAGCAGGAUAGAAGUCCACAAAAUCCUCGCAAAAAGUGUGCCUUAUUACAGCAAUGGGAGUCAGGAAUAUUUGUCAACCACCAUGAAGAUGAAUAGAAGGGCAUGGCUGGUGAUGGAGAUGUCUGUGCCAAUGAAACAGGAGACGUUCAGCUCAUGUUCUGCUCACCCCAGUCUGAAUGCUUCAAAACAAAGACAGACCUACAGUGUUAUUCUCUAUGGCUGAUGGUCAACAGACAUAUCCUAUCUCCUCUAGAAUUUGGCAGAAGCCAUGAAAAUCCUGCUGAAUCUUUAUAGUUUUCAUCAAACAUAGAGAGAGAGACUUUUCUAGUUCCACAAACUUUUAAAAAUGUUUGACUUAGUAUAAAAAUGGUACAACCUAACAUUUCUUUGAUCGAGUUUUGUCAGAUUAUUAUUAUACUCCAAGUGAACAGUUCUCUGAAAAGAAUUUAGGGGACAGCACAGAUACACAAAUAAAUCAAAUUCCUCAGUUGAGAUCUCAAAAAUGUUAGCUGUUAGAACCACUUUUAUGUCAUACAAAGCGUUUGAGAGCACACAGUAAAGCCAUGGUGUUGAGAAAUCAAGAUUAUUUCAAAUAUUGUUCAUAUAUUAUCUGGGAUGUAUUACUUGUUCCUCUGUAAUGACUUCAAUGGUUGAAUCGUUGGUGGAAAAGUGAGUCAUAGGCCAAACUAAUGAUGUAAUUUAUCCCUGCAUUUUCUUACAGCUAUGGCAACUAUUAACUGUAAAUCCUGUCUGAUUGCACUUAUGAUGACAUAUUACUUAAGAACAGAAAACUCUUUGCCAUCUUAUAGUCAAACAACUAUUACCAGACCUUUGUGCCCUGUUUUUUUUGUGUUUCCAUAACUCAUGUGGAUACACAACACAUGGAAUUUAUCUACAGGACAAGGACAUGUACAUAUACUGACUGUAUAAAAUUUCAGUAAUUGUGUGAGAAAAAAAACAGUAGCAGAGCCCAGAUUAGUUACAGAAUAGAAGAUAUCAACAUCAUCUUACAAAAAUCAUGGCAAAUUUAGUUAAAACAAAUGUGUACAUGACUAAAGGGAUAGACAUAGUAUGUGUAAUGGUACAUGUGGCAUGGAUAAUAGUACACAUGGCAUGGGCAAUGGCAUAGGUGGUAUGAAUAAUGAUACACAUGGAGGGUUGAUGAAAACUUACUACUGUAAAGUGGUGCACAUGGUAGUUAAUGGUAGUAAGUGUAUGGAUAAAGGUACACAUAGUGAGGUUAUUAAGCACAUACUACACUAAAGGGUACACAUGGUGUGUGUGAUACAGGUGGUUGGAUAGAUACUGUAAGAAUGAAGGUAUAUAUGCUGUAGUCAUAUGGUUUACAUGACAGAGUAGAUACUAUGUGCAGAGGUGAUGUAAUGGUGUACACUGUAGUGCAUGUAACUGUCAAGUGACAAGGUGUAAUGGUGUACACUGCAGUGCAUGUAACUGUCACAUGCCAGGAUGUAAUGGUGUACACUGUAAUGCAUGUAACUGUCACAUGACAAGCUGUUGCUGCAGCUCCCUCUGUCCUUAGAUCCCAGACCAUCUUACAAGCUUCUGCAGUGAGCUGUGGCUUGUGUUACUGUCACAUAGAAAGUUCCGGAUCCUACUCCAUGUUAAGAGGUACUGAAGUGCAUCCUUAUCUAUGUCACUGCUGUGGGGAAGGUCCUGGAAACCAGUCCAUGUUAGGGGGUGCUCUAGUUGGGUGUGAUAUGUUAUUAUUACAUGAUAGAUUUCAGAUCCCAGGGAUUGUUGGGGAGACUGUGGCAAGGCCUUUACAUAUCUCACUGAUGAAUGGAGAGAUCUGGAGCUGACUCGUGCUAUCUGCCCAUUUCUUUACCCUUAGGAGACUAGUUAGCUAUCAUACUCCUUUUAUCUUUCACUGAACCUAACAACCAUCUUAUGUCUGUCUCGUGCAUUUUUUUAUUUUGCUCACAAGCUUUUGCCAUUCCAAACAUCAGUGAGGUGGCUAGAUGCUUGGAUGUCCCUUUAGUAAGUAGGGAGACACCAUAACAUAUUUAGAAAGGGGGGUGGCAUCGGCAAACUCAUGCUAAUGUAGAUCUGUAAACAGCAGCAAGCACUCCAGUAAACAAUAUAAAAGGAAUGUUUUUUUUUCCCUACAAAAGUAAAACAAAGCUAGUUCCAUGGUGUUCCUUUUUAACUAGCAAAUAUAUUUUCAUUAUGUGAAUUAUGUUCCUUGCAGUUCACUUACUUAUGUAGCUGCUGUGGUGGGUUGUUAUAGUUAUUUGUAUUUGUAUUUGUUUCUGAAUUCAACACUACAGAAAGACAGAUAGAUGCUAAUAAGUGGCAUUUACUUUGGAAGCUAAGGGUAUAUAUUUUAGCUUUUACCAUGAACAUUGGAGCCAAGAAAAAAUGUUAAGUACCUAAAAUAACUUUUAUGCACAUGCCAAAGUCAAACACAACAUACCAUCUAAAAGUUCGUAUUUUGUCCAGAAUAAUAACUGAAUACUCCUAUGUGUUAUCUGCAGCCUGGGGCGUUACGAUCUGAGGCAUCAAGCACACAUCUUUGUAUAGCAGACUGCUGCUAGUGUUUCACAUGUUCGAAUGUGAGGCUUCACCUGUAUUUAUUACAAUGGGAUGGUGAUGAAAGGCAUACAAUGCGAUCUGGGAACCUGAAGAGAUGCGGAGUGUCCUUAUCUAUGAGCAGUUCGCCAUAAUUUAGUGAGAAAUAACGUGCUAUUUGUGGGUACGUUAUAACACAUUAUCAGACGGAUCUUGUUUUCUGUAAUCAUUUAUGAGUUCCCCAGGAAAAAUGCACUGAGGGGUUGACAGGCUGGAUUUUAUCUUCAUAGAGUUACAAAGGAUUGAUUCUUUUUAUGUAGGUAAAAAAUAAGGAAAGUAGACUGAAUGCUGGCACUUUCAAAAAUUGUCCCAGUGGAGAUGCCUUCCUUUUUACUUGAUAGAAAUAUUUAUUCUACUCCUUCAGAUAUUUUAGCAAGCCAUUCCGUUUACAGAAAAAGGAAACAAGGAAAGUGACGGUAAACAAGCAGGAAUCAAACCAGUUUGAUAUGCUUCACAGUCUUCGUAGACAGGAGACGUUGCAGAUGUAAUCUUACUGGUAUCCAUUUGCUCCAACAGAGACUGCUCAGUGUCUCUCCCACACAACCCUUAUUCCCUCACAUUGUCGCUGAGUCUACUAUGAUGUAUGGGAAGCUGUUGUCCGCAUGCACAACCCUCUCAAUAGAAGAAUAUAUUUUACCUUUCUCUUGAAUCAUUCUACCAUCAUUUUCAGAUUUUUGUCCUCUUAUUCAAUUUCUUUUCUGAAAAAUGCUGCCAUCAUAAUCCUUACUGACUCCUUUAAGAUGCAUGAAAGGAAACCUUGUUUAAGAAGGACCUCAUUUAUAGUAAAAGUAGCUGUGUUGUACUACACUCAGUACAAAAAUGUACAAUUCUUGUAAGAUAAACUGGUGAUGCAAGUUCGUUUGUGGGCAUUAUCUGGAUGCUCUGCUAUCUUGUCUUAUCCUGUCCACCUUCAGAUGUUAAAGCCGUCAGCGGUAAAGCAGGAUAUUCAACAAGUGUGCAGGGUAAAGCCAUUCUUUUAAACCUCAGGACCAUUGUUUGUCUGCUAUAUCUAGUUGGCACUUCCACAGUGGACAAGUUUCAGUUUUUAAGAAAUAAAUAUUCCCUUGUGAUACUCAUCUGUCCUUGUUAUGGCCCCUGCCUGAUGCCAGACUGCAUUUCCAGAUUGGGGUCAGGCCAGCUUCCCCAAUACACAGACAAACAAAGAAACAUUUGCUUUCCUGUUGUACAAGGCAAACAUGUAAUGCAACCUACAUAUAUGAAGUAAGAUACAUACUGUGCAAUAUAGAACAUGAAAAUAAAUGUUAUUAUUUUAGGAAGUAAGCUUCAACAUAUGUUUAAAAAAAUAGAGGCCAAAUGUGACCUGCAGGCUAUUUGACUAAUGAAGGAAUUUAACCACAGCAGUAUAGAGACCUGCCCGUUAUUAAUCUGUGCUUCAGUUAUGGGUUGGCCUUUACAUUUCACCUAGCAGGCAACCUUAUACUCACAGAAAGAAUAGCACAUUUGUUCAGAUGCCAUCAUGAUGGACAGCACUAUCACAGACUGUACCUGGAAUGCCUUUGGUGAUCUAAUUUUUGAGUGUGCCACCCCUCUGAACAAUUACUGGCUUUUUCUUAUUUUUAUGGUUGCAUCUCUUUUAGCCAAUGGUUUGAAAUAAAAUUAUCUUUGGAUGAUCUAUAACCAGUGGUUGGAAACAGUUAUCUUUGGAACAGAGAGUGAUGACCAAUAGCCAAUGGUUUGAAACAAAGUUAUCUUUGGAAGAGAGAGUGGUAACCUAAUGAAAUAUAGUGAACUACUCCAUUGUAGUCUUGCAUUCUGUAUGUGAGAUGGUGUCUGGAAUAUUACCAAAGGGGAAUACAUGUAUAUCACACCCUACAUAACCAGUCAUAAUACAAAAAAAUACUUGAAUCAAUAAUGACUCUAAGGAUAUAAGGAAAUACAUUUUGUAAAACAAUCAUUUGCAAAUAUCCUGCACUCUCCAGUGAAGAAAUGUUCUGUUCUAAAAUUAUAUAUAUUUGUGAAUAUAGUUCCAUUGUGUGUGUUUGUGUAUCUGUGUGUGUAAGGGCAGAGCGACAGAAUGCAUCCGCCUAUGUACCUGUGUCCUGGCUCUUUUGCUCCAAGCAGUCCUUGCUUGCCUGCAUAGUAGAAUUGGGUUCAAGUUCCAUACUUGCUGUGUAUUCUCAUUAAGUUUUGUUGACACCUAACAGUGUUGGAGCACAGAAUUUUUUGUUUCCUCUUUAAACAAACACAGUUAAAUGGAUGCUUUGUCAUACCUAAACUAUUUAGUGGAACAACAAUGUAUACAAGAGCUUAAACACUACACUUGAACAUACCCAUGUUUAUCUAGAUGGUUUAAAGAUUUCUGAAGCAGGCACUUUAUUAUUAAGGCUGUCAGGAAAGUGAAAUCUGGUCAGUCAAUUUAGAUUUAAAAGGUGUCCUUUAUGGCAUCCCUUUGUAAGUAUUGUUUUGCAAUUUUUUUUGCACUUUAAUUACAAAUGUAUGAAGAAUACUGCCAGUAAACAAUGAUUCCCUUCAGUAUGUAUUCAGAUUCGACAAUAAGACUGAUUUAUGAAUGUACUACCCUUUGGAACUGUUUCUAGUGAGACCCUGUUGCCUGGUUGUACCUCUAUUAACUUAAAAGCUAAAGUGCCUAAACUUCUUGUGACUGUGUUAUCUAACAUCUGAUGGUUUAUUUCCAAAACAAAGCACUGAGGUAUUUUGACUGAAUUUGCACAAAUGUGCAAGAUGAUAUCUUAUACAUUGUUCAGUUUGACUCCAGAGAAUUUAUUUUGCUGAAAAAGCAGUGAAUGACAGGACACCCAUUGUAAGCUUUGUGGUUUUAAUAAAUGUAUCUGACAAUAGAAGUAAUA